AGAUGGCGAUGGUGAAUUUGUAUUUCUUUGUCAUUGUACUAUGCAUGCUGCAAUGACAAGGGAGCUAUGGAAGUAACAGCUUGUACAAAGGGAAGAAAUGGAGAGGGAGAAAGAGAGAGAGAGAGAGACCGAUGGGGGAGACUACGCCUCACACCUCCCCUCCCAUCUCCGGCUGCAGCGCCAGACAGCAUUGCACCGGCUGCUGCUGUAGGCUGAAUGGAGGCUCAGGCAGACUCCAGUGCUGCAGAACCAAACAGACAGAAAGACUUACAAAAACUUCUCAAGUCCUCCAGCUCUGCCAGUCUCACUGCUGAGGUGUCCCACAAUGCUUCAGGAGAGCAAGUCGGAACCCCCGGGCACCACUGCAGCCAGGUGCUGACUGCAGAGAGACGACAGCCCCUGAGCAGUGUGUCCUCUCUGGAGGUACACUUCGAUCUUCUGGACCUGACUGAGCUGACAGACAUGUCUGAUCAGGAGCUGGGAGAAGUGUUUGCUGACUCAGAUGAAGAGAACCACAAUGAAUUGCCAGCAAAUCAUCACCAGCCUCCACUGCCACGUUUCCCUCAUAGUGGUUAUGUCCGAUCUCCCUCCUGGAACCGAGGCUGCAAAGGGGAGCUGCAACCGAGAGACAGGAAACAUCACAGUGACUCUGAGAACACAGAGCCAUUACUGAAGAUUGAACGUUCCCAAUCCCAGCAGCCCUAAGCCACGACCAGCUACAGGGGCUCAGAAAGGACACUCUGUCCUGGUGUGGGGAUGAAGAUUCCUUCCCAAGGAAGUGAUGAGGGAUCUCACAAAGGACGCCGAGCCCCUGCUCACAAUUUAAUGUUUUGUAUUGGCCUAAAUACGGCAGAUUGAGGACAUAAAGAAAGUCACAUUAGUGAAAGAAGAGUGGCCAUUUUCCCUGUAACCAGCAAUCAAUGAGAGGUGUUUCGGCUAUUUCCAGCAUUACUGUAUGAAGAACUGGCAUGACUUCAUGAAGCUUUCUGUUAUAUUCUGGGGAGAAACUGUGUUUUAACAGCCUGAUGGACAGAGUAACAUCAGCACAGUGCAUUAUAACAGUGUUGGAUAAGACAGAGCUUACCCAGACACAUUGAUUAGUUCCCAAAUGAAUGCAACAAGUGUCAAAACAAUUAUUUUUUCAUCCAAUUACUUUCUUAAUAUUCCUAAGAGAAAAAAAAACAAGUGGUGCACUAAAGCAGUCUGAAUUUAAAGUUCAAGAAAAUAUAUGACAACAUGCCAUUCAUAUCUGUGCAAAAUGUUUAACGUAAGCAUUAAUAAGAAUAAAGUUCUUACAGGGUUAAAUGUCAAGCAUGUUUAACAGGGUAUAAUUAUACAUGAACAAACAAAACAGUCCAGCCAGUAAAUAUUAAUAAAAUAUGACAAUAAAGGACCUA